AUGCACGGUCGAAGGAGAAAACUUCCUCCUGACUGGCAGUCUGAUGUUGAGGCUAAUAAGAGGAGCGCAGACACGCAGGCGAAUCGACAACGACAAGGAAGCCUUGCAAAUCCAUCUUCUGAGACCCAGCGACCAUUCAAGACUGAUGUCGCGAUGCCAAAUCCGAAACGACCAGGGGCUGAUUCGCCUAUCACGCCUAACAAAACUCGAUCAAACGGCGCCCAACUAGACAAUUUCGGUGGCCAUGCGAGGCCCGCUCAAUUUUGCAGGCGCGAUUCGAGAAAUUUCGACCAGGGCGAUAAGCACGACAACAAGGAAGCCUUGUUGACUCCAGACACUCACAAUCAUCGGACAAGAACAGUCAAUGGUAGAGAGAAUUCCACUGCUAUUAGGGACAACAGUAGUCCCCGUGCUUUUCUCCGGUCGUCGACGUCGUACACGGAUCCUCUCCCGCUUCUCGCCGAAACGGCCAACUCUAGGGCUCACCAGGCUGCUCCUCUGACAGAGGCCAACCUUCGUUAUCUCCUACGCACACUCGAUAAGAAAGAAGACGAAGAAAGAGACGGAAGCGGCAGCGGCAGCGGCAGAAGAGUUGAGCCGCAACCUUCAACUCUCCAACAAGCCCAAGCUCGCCGAGGCCGUGUCAGUCCCCAUCAUACCCGGAGUGUCAGGCCAAGUGACGGUCCCUGGCCUUCUGUGUCUGUCUCUGCCUCAACCGCCCCACCCGCAUCGGCCGUCGCAAAAGAGUUGGAUUCGGUUGGUGCAAAAUUUGAACCAUCAUCGCCCAUGCGGAAGUCAAAAUCUCCAAAGAAACAAGAUAAAGAUCGAGACAGGAAGAAAUCCUCCAAGCGCCACGAUCCCGACACACACCCUCUAAAUCUCCCUCCCGAUCAACUGCGCAAAUUGACAGCCAGAAUGGCCAGAGAAGAGGCUGAGAGACAGUCGAUGUCGGUGGACAGAGAAGUGCCAGAGACUGAUAAUAAAGAAACAUCAAUGCCUACACCUAAUGGCUCAUCGCAGCCUGCCACACCUUCACACGACACGCCUGGAGCGUUCCCCGAAGAGCCUGCCACGAACGGUAUUAAUGGUCACACCAAGGAGGAACGAAGUCCAACCCCUCCACCACACAAAGUACCUCCAGCACCCAAGGUAGAUCCCGAAGCCUGCAAGGCCGCAGGUAACAAGUUUUUCAAGGCGAAGGAUUAUGAUCGAGCAAUUAUCGAGUAUUCAAAAGCCGUUGAAGCAGACCCUUCCAAUCCCACCUACCUUUCCAAUCGAGCAGCGGCGUAUAUAUCCGCAAAUAAAUACCAUCAGGCUUUGGGUGAUUCAUUACAGGCAAGCAGGUUAGACCCCAACAAUGACAAGAUUUUGCACCGUCUUGCCCGGAUAUACACCUCGUUAGGUCGACCGCAGGACGCCCUAGAUACAUACGACAAAAUUCCAAAUGCCUCGGCGACAGAUACUGCGGCUGCUCGAAAGGCAUUGCAGUCGAUUGAAUUGGCAGAGAAGCAGAUUAAUUCUGAAGAUGGCAAUGGUAAUAUGGCACUAUGGAGCAUUGAACAGGCGAAACAGACACUGGGAAGAGACACACCCACACCUCGAAGUUGGCAGAUAUUGAAGGCCAAGGCAAACCUGAAAGUCGGCUCAGCCAAUGCCCUCGGGGAAGUUCAAGGCAUCGCACAGGCACUCAUGCGCGAGAAUUCUAUGGAUGCAGAAGCCAUUGUUCUCGCGGCUCGGGCAUUCUAUCUACGAGACGAGAAGUCCGGGGUUGGAAAGAGCGAUUAUGAACGGGCAGAAGAUUUCUUCCGACAAGCACUCGCCCUAGACCCAGACAAUUCCGAUGCACGACACUGCCUGCGGACGAUGAAGAAACUUGACCGAGCGAGGACGGCAGCUAACGACAUGUUUAAGCGUGGCAAGUACCAUGAUGCUGUCGAAGCCUACAGUGAGGCAAUUACCAUCGAUCCAACAAAUAAAGUCACCAAUGCGAAGCUGUUAGGAAACCGGGCGCUGGCACGUAUCAAGAUCAAGGAGUUUGACGAGGCCAAGGCAGAUUGUGACCAAGCGCUGAAGUUGGACCCUACAUACACCAAGGCCCGACGGACGAGGGCCAAAGCUACGGGCGAAUCAGGUGACUGGGAACAAGCAGUCAAGGACUACAAGGCCCUGCUCGAGGACAAUCCACAAGAUCCAGAGUUGAACAAGGAAAUGCGAAACGCCGAGCUCGAGCUCAAGAAGUCCAAACGAAAGGAUUGGUACAAGAUCCUGGGCGUGGAUAAGGAUGCAGGAGACAAGGAGAUUGAGCGGGCCUACAAGCGCAAGGCUGCUGUUCUGCAUCCGGACAAGACACAAGGCGACAAGGACAAGGAAGAAGAGUUCAAGGACUGCCUUGAAGCCAAGGAGACUUUGCUUGAUCCACAGAAGCGGCAGAUGUAUGACUCUGGAGCGGACCUGAUGGAGCCUGGUAUGGGAAUGGGCGGCGGUUUCCCCGGUGGCUUUGGAGGUAUGGGCGGGAUGGGCGGGAUGGGAGGUAUGGGCGGUGGCGGCGUUCAGAUUGAUCCCGAGAUGUUGUUCAACAUGAUGAACGGUGGCGGAGGUGGUGGCAGCCCCUUUGGCGGUGGGGGCGGAUUCAGAUUCAGCACUGGUGGCGGUGGUCGUGGUGGUUUCUCAGGUUUCGGUUGA